AUGGCUCACAGUUCCCGAGGAAGGGAAAAUUCUGUAAUUGAGGAUAUUACAGGAGAGCCAGAGGUCGAGAUGUCCGUACCAGUGAAUGUGGUGGACGAACCGGAGAAGGAGCGGCUUACGGGAGAAGCCGCAGAACCUCAGGUAUGGCACGAGAUUAUUAAGAAAGUGAGAGCGAUAAGCACGCAUGUGACAGUUGAAGUAGCUAAGCACAUGCGCACAAGUGAUCCCAAGCGCGAAGCGAUCGAAACCGUAUGUAGGCAGCGGACGGAAGAGGCUGUCGAAGAGCUGAACCAGCUGCAACAGCAAGUUAGACAGGGCGCAGAGCUAGAACAGUGGGUAGCCACUGUGAUGCUAAGUUUAGGUUGCAGCCAGCGCCCCAAGUUUGUCGAGUUAAUCAGAGUUUUCGAUGUGGUUCAGCAAGUGACAGUUGGAGAAGGGGGUAGAAUAGAUGACAUAGUGGAGAAAUGUCGUUCAGUUACAGCCCUCGAAAACCAACUUAUGAUGUUACAGGAGAAGCUGCGAUCGUACGAUGCGCAACUGGCCGAGUUGCAAGCUCUACGAAAGCGCUGUGAGAACCAGGAAAAAGAGUUGGAAAAGCUCCGCCAGCACCAGCGCAGCCCUGUGGAUAUGGAAAUCGAUGGUGAAAAGCCAGGGAAGUCAGGUAAUAAGCGUACCGUUCCUAGCUUCGGCGAAGCUAUGCAAUAUUUGAACAGAUUGCAAAGUGGACUGACACAGCCUAAAGGUUCUUCUUUGCAGACUGGUGGACAAAGGCAUGCCAGCGAGCUGGAACUGAGGUCAGUGGACGCGAACUCGAGCUGCUCACAACCUGGCGCCCCGAAGAGGGAAACAGGUAGGCUAUCUUUUUGUACAGAUAGCGAUGUGAGCGAAUGUCAAAGUAGUAGGGGUAGGAGAGAAGUGGCAAGAGAAGGUGCGAGUGCCCAAAAAGGGGACGAUCCAGUAGCCCGCUACAUGAGACAUAUGACCCUACCCGAGGUCCAGCCAUACUCAGGGCAAGACUCGAACUACGGAUUCGUGAGAUUCUUGGAGGACUUUCAGCUAAAGUACCCCAGAACAAAUUGGACAGAUGCUGAGUUGUGUACACUUUUCCGCUCCAAAUUGGUACAUUGGUAUUUGGAAAAGCGAGUACACUAUAUGAAGUCCCCAGCUAUGAAAAGGAUGGUGGAUAUGAUGCGCGAAUGUAAGGCCGAACAGCGCACGAUUAAAGUAGUGGCUUUAGGAAGGCUAAAGAGGUUGAAGAAAAGGGAUGGUCAAACUGUUUCGGAUUUCUGUGUAGAGUUAGAACAGUUGACUCGUCAGGCCUAUCCCGAACUUGAUGAAUACACGUUAGCUGUGGAGAGAGCCCAUUUGCUGUACGAUCAGCUAUCGCAUUGGCGCGAUUCGUAUUAUCUUCUUGAGGCGUUGGAAAGCGAAGAAGACACAUACGAGAAGCUCAAAAGAGAACCUGAUCUCAAAGAAAGAAAGAAUGCGCAGGACCGGACUACUAGAGAACCUGACUUCAAAGAAAGAAGGAAUGCGCAGGACCGUACUCCUGUGUGUUACAAGUGUCGCGAAGCAGGACAUAUGGCUCGCGAUUGUAAGAAAACGAAAAUAUCUUCCAAACCAGGGUCUUCUCUGUCAACCAGAGUACGUGGAGGUUGUUGUAUAACUGCGGAAGAACGUGCUACAGGAUCCUCCCAAAGGCCACAAACGGAGAAAAGCCCGUUGUUUGGUAAAAAGAUGACAGUGGAGCUAGAGCUACUAGGAAUAAAGGCUCGGGGGUUGCUCGACACUGGGUCAGAGAUAACUAUCCUGCCCGGUAAAGUGUUGUUACGGGCGAAACGAGCUGGAUUCGAUAUUGACCGAGCACUGGUGGAGCAUGAGAUUGACCAGACGAAACGGGUGUACGACGCGUCAGGUAGCGCGAUGCAGUUUGUCGCAGUUCUGGAGGUCCCCAUCCGUGACUGCUCCAGUGGACGUAAAUUGACUCGGGAAGGAAGACCACUCGAUAACCCCACUAAAACGGAGACUGGUGCUUGGAAUCUCCAAAAAGUGGUGUGGGUGCAAUUAACAGGCUGUGACAAAGAUGCAGAUUGGCUGCUAGACUCAGGUAUACAGCUGAUUCACAGUGGAGUGUGUCAUGUGAAGAAAGAUGGCCUAGUCGAAGUGCCUGUCAUAAACAGAUCGUCUGCACCCGUGGUACUCAAAGAAGGUGAAUCAGUGGGACAGUGGAAGGAAUAUCAGACCGAGUGGAUAGAAGCCAGUGCGAAAGAUAUUCCCACUGACAUGCUUACACUAGAAACAAGGAGGCUGUCGGCUCAACAGAGGUUGAUGAAGCUAAAACAGUUCCUCAAGGAAAACCGCAAAGAGCGAAAGCUACCUGCGAGAACAUCGCAAGAUGGUCAUCGUGGUACCGAUUGCCUCCAUCGUCUGAAACAGGUUGGAAGUCAGCUGCGGGACACCAAGAUCUUUUAUUAUAAACAGUUCCGCGACAUUCAUCUGAGGAAGACUGAGCUAUUCGAUGAUCAACUCGGUCACGUCAUCAUCGUCUUGCCUCCCACCGAACCUAAGCCAGGAAGUUGGUUGUCUUUAGUAGCGGCUCAAGCAAUGUGGCUGCAAUGCGGAUGUCGUGUUUACUUGGUAGCCGGACCUCGACCGCAGGACUUGAACUCGUGGUACAGAGUCGCGAUCCAAGCCAGAUCGCAUCUGAACGGAUUCCUGGAAGACCACAUGGAGCUGAUCCCGCAGGUGGUGGACAAGUUGAUUGCCUGA